UCUACAAUAGCACACGCCGGACUGUUCGAUCUGUAGUGGCACUGGGUUGUGUUUUACGUAAGUUUUAUUCUUUAAAUAUAUCGGGAAAGCAAAAUAUUGAUCAGCACCUAAUAAAACCCCCUGCUAUAGUAAUGGUGCAUGCCAGGAUGCCUACAGAUAUUUUAUCUGAAUUCCAGAAAUGAAUUUGCUCUCACUGCUACCAGGGAUCUUCUUUGUUCCCUUCGUUAAUGGACAAGACGGAUGCAAGGUGCCGGCGUUUUUAUCAGCUUCUUCCGGUGCUAUUGAGUCGCCAUAUUAUCAUUAUCCUGAACUUGUAUCGAACCGGCCAUCGCACCUGUCAUGCCGAUGGACCAUUUUCAAUCCCACUAGGAAUAACCUCCUAAUAUCGUUUGCUCCUGUUUUUGAAGUGGACAUCUGGGAAAAUGGACCGUGCAAUUAUGAAGCGCUGUAUUAUUUUGCCGGGUCCAGGGACCGCUCAGUAUGCAGCCAAAUAGAAACUUUUCCUCCAAACUAUGUGAAUGACACACUGAUUUACGGACCCCUGUGUAAAGGUUACGGGCCAACUCCGGAGCCCUUUAUUAUACAGCCUUCGCGAGACAGCAUCGUCACCGUAGAAUUCUGUGCAAGCACUGAUGUGAACUUCAACACGAGAGGGUUUCGUAUGUUUUUCAAUGCAACGGAUGAAAUUCCUCCUCCUCCUACGACGACAACACCCCGCACUACCACUGUGCGCACUACAACCGUACGACCGCCACCGUUUCGGAAUUGCGGUGGAGGUGUAUACCUGGACCAAUCAACGAACAGGACAAUGUACAUCGAGUAUCCCCUUAUAUUUACGGGCAAUGCGGCCUUCUGUCAAUGGAAUAUCUCUGCAGUCCCCGGUCAUGGCUAUCUCAAGUUCACCGUGGAAGAAAUGCGCAUUGAUAUUCGCAACUGCAGCAACUAUGGCAUUGCCAUCGUGGAUCUGGACUCUGAGGCGACGGAGAGUUCAAAAAACAGUAGCGGCGUUAUAGCAAAAUGGUGCAACAAAGAAAACCCAGUUAACGAACCACCUGUGCGCGCUAGCGGGAGUAAUGCAGCAAUCAUAUUAAAAACUGAAGACACUGACUACGCCAAAUUCAGGAUAAAAGUUGAGGUGUCAAAGUGCGACAACAUUAACCACAUAGCUUGUCCGGAUGAUCCGACCAGGGAAGCGUGUUUUUCGUCCGAAAUGGUUUGCGAUGGCAAAGUGGACUGUCCCAGCGGCGUAGACGAAAACUGUCCCGUUGACUGUGGUAUACCGGCCGUACAGCCUUGGCACGUGCAAGCAAUAUCCAACAGAAUAUAUGGUGGCCUUGAGGCUCGACCGCACAGUUUUCCUUGGCAUGCUGCUUUGCUGUACAAAGAUGGUUUUAUGGACCACAUUCCUUAUUGUGGAGGAACCAUUAUCGAUCACCACUACAUUAUCACUUCGGGAGAGUGUUGCUUUCGAUUUGCGGCUUCCUUCGAUUCUCAUUCUCGCAUAAAAGUCCUUGUUGGAGAGCACGACCUCUCAAAAGAAUACGACGAAAAUGCUCUAGAAUAUGCCGUGCAGAGAGUCUCUCGCAAUUCGUUGUCAGUUGGAUCAAGUUCCCAUGACUUAUGUGCAAUAAAAACCUUGGAGCCAAUGUUGUUUAAUCAUGACGUCAGCCCUGUAUGCUUAAACAUGCGAAAUGUCCCGACGGGAACCCACUGCUUCUUGGCCGGCUGGGCAUCGGAAUGCCAAUCGAUUGGCGACACACUGCAUUAUACCCAGAUGGCCAUUCGUAAUCCAGAAGAAUGCGGGUGGAACGGGACCUUUUCCACAUCGCAUCUAAUUUGCGCUGGCGAUGCGGAUCAUGGCGGUUUUAAAGCUGACCAAGGCGGCGCGCUGGUCUGUCCUGUACCGAACGACCCUGGCCGAUGGGAAAUGGUCGGGGUAUACCGCAACAAUGACUGGAACGGAAAAGGUGCCCAAUGGUUCACCAAAGUGUCCAACGCAGUAGACUGGAUCGCGGAGACAGUUAUAUUGAUACUUUACUGCGUGUGCCAAUCCCCCGGCUUCGAUGGAUGCAAAGCGCCAGCGUUCCUGACUGCUUCUUCCGGUAGCAUUGCAUCGCCAUAUUAUGAUUAUCCCGAGUACAAUCCAGGAUACACGACACUAGCAUGCCGGUGGACCAUUUAUAAUCCAAAUCGCAGCAACUUGCUGAUAUCGUUUGCGCCAAGAUUCGAACUGGACUUCAUGUCGACGUGUUCGACGCUGCAGCUCCCAUACCAAGCACUCUAUUUGUAUUACGGCGCCAGAAAUGGGUCUGUUUGCAGCCGGAACAGUGCAUAUCCGGCAGACUACUUGGGUGACACGCUGAUUUACGGACCACUUUGCCAGACCGGUGUGCCCCGCUCGGUUAUACUGCCAUCAUCUGAAGGAGUCAUAACUGUGGAAUUCUGCAAAACCGUUCCGCUCUACGCAGCCGAAUUUCGCAUGUUUUUUAAUGCAACAGACGACGCACCUACUGAACUCAUGCCUCGUCCGUGGGCAAACUGUAGCAGCGACAUCCAUCUGGGCGGCGUAAAUGUCAAAUCCAUAUAUAUCGAUUCACCCCGGUUUGCAUCGUAUACUGCAGCAGUUUGCCAAUGGAAGAUAUUCGCUUCAUCUGGACAUGGAUAUAUAAAAAUCAUCCCAGAAGAAAUUCGCAGCUCUAGCCGAAAAUGUCAACUCUAUAGCGACUCGAUGACCGUGGUGGAUGGCACAACCAAUACAACCGUUGUGGACUGGUGCGGCGUCCGCCAUUAUGAUGUUGCACCUGUUCGUGUCAGUGGAAACACAGCGAUCAUCACUCUGCUACAAUCCACAAGUAGGAGUGAGUUCAGACUGAAGGUGGAGCUGUCCAACUGUCCGCACGUCAAUCAUACUCGCUGUCCUAACGACCCACACGGAGAGUCGUGCUAUUCUCCCGAAAUGUUUUGCGAUGGUAAAGUGGAUUGCCCAAACGGCGCCGACGAAGACUGCCUGGGUGACUGCGGUGUGCCGGCAGUACAACCGUGGCAGCUGCAGCCAGUGGGUGGUACCAAGGUUGUGGGAGGCACUGAGGCUCGGCCACACAGCUUCCCUUGGCAUGUCUCUAUUUAUUUGUACCCGGACUCAGAGCAGUCUUUGCUGCCAGACUGCGCAGGAACACUUAUUGACCAUCGUUACGUGCUGACGGCGGGCGAAUGCUGUUCGUUUAUGUCACCAGACUCUUAUCGAAGUCAAAUCCGAGUGGGGCAGCAUUAUAUGCUCACCUCGCACGAACAAAAUGUUCGUAAUUACACAAUUGAAAGGCAGUUUUACUCAUACGGUUCGUAUACGGAGUCCAAGCAUCUGUGCCUAGUCAAAACCAAAGAGCCGAUAUUUCUUAACGACAAUGUGCAACCCGUGUGCCUGGGUACCCGCAGCGUUCCUGUUGGAACGCACUGUUACUUGGCAGGAUGGGAAGAUUCUGCUGUAGGAUGGUUUGGCGGAGAAUGGUGGGGCGAGGAGAGAGGCGCACUGCGGUACACUGCGAUGAUAAUCCGCAAUGCCGAGGAGUGUGGUGUACUUCCGAAUGUGACAUCGACCCACCUCAUAUGUGCCGGUGGACCAGAGAACUACGGUUGCAGUAGUUACUACUCUUACGACAAAGGAGGAGCUUUGGUCUGUCCUGUUCCUGGAGAUCCCGAUCGAUGGGAAAUAGUCGGGGUGUUGCGCGGAGAGGAUUGGUUUUCCACUACUUGCACCGGACCAAACUUAUUCGACAAAGUUUCGGCGGCCGUGGACUGGAUUGCUGAAGUUGUCAUGUCAACAUCGUAGAUCUAGAGCUGUUAAACAGAGUUUCGGUAAAAUUUGGUACUCGUGGCUCCGGAUCGGCAAAAGAAUGUCCAUCUCCGCAACAUUGGUGUAUGGGUUUUGUCCGUUCUCAGUACAUAAAACAUACAUUGAUUGUUCUUGUGAACCAGUUCCUCGUUUUUUAAGUCAAUAAUUAAAACUUUUGAAAACCGACCAAAAUCAUUAUCAUUUCGGUGUUGCUUCCUUAAUAUUAGUUAAGUCUGGCACUGAAAGUUGUGCAUGUUGAGUAUCGUCGAGUGUACUCGGUGAAUACAUGCGCGUAUAUUAUUAAUUUGAGACAACAAAUUAUUAAUUUGAGGCAAUUGAGCGGAUAUUGAGUUUCCGGGUAUCAGAAGAAUCCUCAAACCAAGCUCUCAGGGCAUUGUUUUUUCGGAAGUUGUACUGUACAUAUGCACUGUAUUUAUGUCGAUUUUAUGGUGAGGUAUCGUGCACCCUUAAUUUAAUACGAGUAGCGACGUAAGUACAGAAGUAUCACUCUUUGGUAAAGCAAACCGACGUUUUUCAACAUGCACCUAAUUAAUCCAGUCGUCGCUCGUGUGAAAACUUACUACUGCAACUGUACAUGGCUGGUGCGAACUUCUACUACGUACAAAUUCGAGAACGUC